AGUAAAACUAAAAGAAACUCCCCGCGAGGUUCGGACGGCCGCACGCGCACGCUCAGCAUCCCCAGCAGGGCUUCUGGGUAAAGUGACCGCAGGGAGGCGGGUUUUGGAGAGCUGCAGACAUUUUACUAGAAGAGAAGUGGUCCCCACUCUAAUAGCAGAAUUUAGAGGAGCCUCUGAAGAGCAGCGGGACCUUCCUCAGCACCAUCAUCAUCAUCACCACCCCUGCUUUAUCUAGGCUCUUCAAGAUGAAGCGAAAGGAGGACCUGAACCCCAUGCUGCUGCUGCUCUUUCAUCUCGUGGUCUUCAUCUACACCUCCAUCACAUUCCUGCCUUCAUACCUCCUCAGCUGGGGUUCAAGAGCUCAUCAAGGCUGUUAUGGUUCAGAGGAAGACAGAGCCAAGAUAAAGAAGUCUCGCUCCAUCCUGGGAUGUCCAGAGGGACCCUACAGAGCAGUCUGCGCCUCAAAGAGCCUGGUGGCAGUAAUGCGUCCUGGAGUGGAUACUUUAGAUAAGAUCUUUGCCUAUGCCGCCACACAGUUCCCACACAGAGACUGCCUCGGGACCAGGGAGGUGAUCUGUGAGGAGGAUGAGCGACAGAGCAAUGGGAAGGUGUUCAAAAAGGUAGUUCUGGGUGGGUACCGAUGGCUGUCUUACCAGGAGGCAAUCAACGCAGCAACUCAGUUGGGCGGUGGCUUGGCACAGUUGGGACAGCGGCCAAAAACCAACAUCGCCAUCUUCUGUGAGACCAGAGCAGAGUGGCUCAUCGCUGCCCAAGCCUGCUUCGCAUACAAUUUCCCACUGGUGACUCUUUACUCCACGCUGGGAGGACCAGCCAUUGCUCACGGGCUCAACGAGACUCAAGUUUCCCACAUUAUUACCAGUAAAGAGCUUCUGGAGACCAGACUGAAGGCCAUCCUUCCUGAGGUCCCAAGACUGCAGCACAUCAUUGUAGUGGAUAACACACCAACCACUUGGCCCGGCUAUCCAGCUAACAUAAGCAUCCACAAUAUGGCUGCAGUUCAGAGGCUGGGGGCCAUGCCGGAGAACACAGCUUGUGAGCGAAAGCAGCCGCUGCCCUCAGACAUCGCAGUGAUCAUGUACACCAGUGGAUCCACAGGCGUUCCCAAAGGUGUCAUGAUCUCCCACAGCAAUGUCAUUGCCAGCAUCACAGGGAUCGCGGAGAAGAUUCCCAACCUGAGCGAAGACGACACCUACAUCGGGUACCUUCCUCUCGCUCAUGUGUUGGAGUUGUGUGCAGAGCAUGUAUGCAUCGCUCAUGGCUGUAGAAUUGGCUAUUCUUCACCUCAAACUCUUGCUGAUCAGUCAACUAAGAUCAAGAAAGGAAGCAAAGGAGAUGCGAGUAUCCUGCAGCCCACCCUGAUGGCAGCGGUCCCGGAAAUUAUGGACCGCAUCUAUAAGAAUGUGAUGGGUAAGGUGGAGGAGAUGAACAGCAUCCAGAGAACACUCUUCAUCCUGGCGUACAACUACAAGCUGGAUCAGCUCGCCAAAGGCCGCAGCACGCCGCUGUGUGACAGGCUGGUGUUCAGGAAGGUGCGAGCGCUGCUGGGAGGACGGACGCGGGUUUUGUUGUCAGGAGGGGCGCCGCUCUCUGCAGCCACACAGCGCUUCAUGAACGUGUGUUUAUGCUGCCCGGUGGGGCAGGGCUACGGGCUGACGGAGACCUGCGGCGCCGGAACCAUUUGUGAACUGUGGGACUACAGCACUGGCAGAGUCGGGGGUCCACUGGUUUGCUGUGAGAUCAAGCUGAAAGACUGGACAGAAGGUGGUUACAGGAGCACCGACAAGCCUCACCCCAGAGGUGAGAUUCUCAUCGGGGGACCCAACGUCACCAUGGGGUACUACAAGAGCAAUGCAAAGCAACAAGAGGACUUCUUUGUGGAUGAGAACGGCCAGCGGUGGUUCUGUACCGGAGACAUUGGAGAAGUUCAUGGCGACGGAUGCCUGAAGAUAAUCGAUCGUAAGAAAGACUUGGUGAAGCUGCAGGCGGGGGAGUACGUGUCUCUGGGAAAGGUGGAGGCGGCGCUGAAGAACUGUCCUCUGGUUGACAACAUUUGUGUUUAUGCCAGCAGCGAUGAGACGUACGUGAUUGGCUUCAUGGUACCCAAUCAGAGGCAGCUACUGGCUCUGGCGGGUCAGUAUGGUAUCCGAGGCUCGCGGGAGGAGCUGUGCAACAGCAGGGCCAUAGAGGAGCUGGUUCUGAAGGCCAUCACUGAGGCAGCUCUGACAGCCCAGCUGGAGCGCUUUGAAAUCCCUCGUAAGAUCCGCCUGAGCUCAGACCCCUGGACCCCUGAGACGGGAUUAGUGACCGACGCCUUCAAGCUGAAACGCAAGGAGCUGAAGACACAUUAUAAGGAGGAUAUUGAGAGAAUGUAUGGUGGAAAAUAGGAGGCAGGUUCAGCCACACUAGAGAUGGUGACUUGGACUUGAAGUACUUGUUUUGUAGGACUUGGUAAACACCGUUCGUCUGGUUUAUUUUACUUUUACCUCUUGGACAUCACUGUCAGAUCUAACAAAAAUGCUCUUUUUCUGGUUUUAUCGUUAUCGUGUUUCAUCGCAAACACAGGAAAUCAUUGUGUUGUUGUUUCCUUACCUGUUCUUUGAAUCUACCUUGAUGACAUUUUGAAACUUUAGAGCCUUCAUGUAGACGAUGAGAUCAAGACUUCAGAUCAAAAAGUCACUCUAAGCAACAGCAGAUUCUGAAAUGGUGCUCCAUCCUUCCUUCUCUGAUCAGCAGUCCUCCAAAAGCUGACCUCAUCUUCUCAACCUCUUGGACAAAGAAGCAGCUUUUCCUAAACUCCUCCAAAAAAAAAAAAGAGAGAGAGAGACAACAGACGAAGGGUCGAAGUCCACCCUCCUGACCCUCCUGCCUUCAGGUCCAGGCAUGUGACCCUUUUUGCAAAGACUUUGUUUUUCCAGAUGGAAGUUAUGAAACAGACCUGGCGUCUGUUAAACUUUUGUCUGAGAGCUUCAGCAGAAACUCAGGUCUCUUUGUCUUCAUCUACAUCUCCUCCGAUUCAGGUUCUACGCUUCUGAGCUGCACAUUUCUCCUUUAGCUUUUCCUGCAGGUCAGGAGAGGGUUCACUUACUUUGUUUUUCCUUCAGAUUGUUUAGAAUACCAUUGACGGCUUAUUUAGUCUCCCACCCACAGACGGACUGCGACUCCCACAUUUGUGGAUAAUCUCACAUCAGAGCUUCCUGGUGUCUGAAGCACAACGUCACGUUUGAACAAAGUUUAUCCAAAAAUGUACAUUUGAAUUCAUUCUUUUGAUCUUUAAGUUAAUUAAAGAAAAUGACAUCAGG